GAAUUACCACUUUCUUUGUCCAGCGACCACCAGAAUUAUGAGGUCCAUCGAGUAAAGAUAUGGGUAUGGUAUGGCCAAAACUAGCAGUCUAAGGGAAGUGCAGUUUGGAAUUUCAGACAAAAACCAUGGCCUCUGUUCCACGGUCUUCGUGGUUUUAUUAUUAUACUAAUACUCUAUCAAUAAGACCCACCAACACCAACACCAACACCAACAUCAAAGCAAACCCCACCAGAAACUGCACAUUCAAGGCCAUCAAAGCCUCGUCAUCCUCUUCCAAUGCUGAAUCCUCACCACCCAAACCCAAACCCAAUUCUUCAUAUUCACCAGAAAAGACAUCCCAAGCGGAACCUAGCAAGACCCACGACCCAGUGAAGCUCGCAUUUGCCAAAGCUACGGCCUACAAGAAAUCGAAUCCGACUCCCAACGUUAUUAUUGUUCAAAAUCAAAACCCACUUUCACUUUCGGAAUCUGAUGAAACUGGAAUUACAAAUAAGCUUGCCUGUAACGAGAUGGAGAAAGAAAAUGAGAAAAACAAUGAAAUCAUUGCAGGUAGCAGCAGUGGAAUUGCUGACAAGAGUGAAGCAUUAUUUUCAGAAUGUGCUAAAUUAGAUACUAAAAAUGAUGGGUCACCGUCGGAAGUUACUAGUGGUGGCAAUCAGGAGGUCCCGGCUUCUGUUAAACUGGGAAUGGAGAAAGCAAAAGAGUAUCUGAAGAACAAAGGAGUAAUGGGAAGUAGUAAAAGUGUGGAGGAAAGUCAAACGAAUUCAGGAUUGAAGGGAGGAAAUGCGUUAUUUGAGAAGAUGGUCGCUAAGAAGGAAGAACGAAAGAUUUCAAGCAUUGAUUUUAUGGGGCUUGACUUUGGGGAAAAGAAGAAGAGCAGGGGACUUCCAGCUGGGUUGGUUCCACUGGCAGAUUCAUUCCCAGAAAGAGAUUUGCGUGAUGUAGAAAUACUUGUUGGGGACACUAGCAACUUUGGAGAUGCUACGGUGUCAAAGCCAAGUUCAACCGAGGAAGACAAGUCAGACAUAUACAAGCCAAAGAUUUCGACAUGGGGGGUUUUCCCUAGACCUAGCAACAUUUCAAAAACAUUUGGUGGUGGAAGAGUUAUUCGCCCUGGGGAGGUGCUGGAAACAUCAGAAGAUAAAUCUGCUAAAGAGGAGCGUACAAGAGAACUUCUUGCCACAUACAAGAGCAAAGUUGGAUUAAGCAUUGACCCAAAGUUAAAAUCUGAAUGCAAGAAGGCUUUGAAGGAUGGUGACUUCUUGAUGGAUCUUGGAAAGCUUAAAGAAGCAUUACCAUUUUAUGAAGAAGUCAUGGAUAAGUUGACAUUUCAGAGUGAACUUCAUGGAUUAGCUGCUUUGCAGUGGUCUAUUUGUCAAGACUCACUCAGUAGGCCCAAUGAGGCUCGAGUCAUGUAUGAGAAGCUUCAGUCCCACCCAAAUGUUGAAGUGAGCAAGAAAGCAAAGCAAUUCUUAUUUGCUUUCCAGGCCAUGGAAAUGAUGAAAAUGAAGAGCACAACUCUUUCUCCAAUAAACACCGGUUACCAAGAUUAUUUUGAAGCAUUUAUUGAAGAUAAAGCCAACCACGGUUUGAAAGAUGCUGAAGUUGAAGAAAGUGCACUGAAUCAAGCCCUCCCAUAUAUUAUUUUUCUUGCUUCUCCCAUCUUAGUUGUACUACUUAUUGCUGCUGUUCAGAAGGGGAUAUAAUUCUGAAAUUUAACACUCAAAAGAGGAUCCAUGCAUUUUACAGGUUUGUUUUUUCCCCUUCAAAUGUAUGUUGGCUCCAAUUAUCCCUAUUCCUCUUGUAACGCAACAUUCUUUAUCAACUAGCAGAUUGAAUGAAUACAUAGUAGCUCCUCUAUGCAUAAUGUGGAGCAGCUAUAAGACAUACAUGAUAUAUGAUAGGGGAAAUCAUAUUA